GAUUGGUCAACGCGAUUGUCAGUCGAAGCCGCUCGACGUCACGUGUCCACUGCAACAACAUGGCCGCCGCCACGGAGUGCGGAGCCGACGCGAGUGCUCCAGGGAACGACAUGUCUCUGAGGAAAGCGCUGUCUCCCCUCGCGCUGCGCGUCGUCGCCGAAUGCCCAGUGACGAAAGCGAGAGCGUGUGACCUGACGCUGCCGCACUGUGCCGUCAGCACCCCGGUGUUCAUGCCGGUGGGUACCCAGGGGACCCUGAAAGGAAUCACCGUGGAUCAGCUGGAGGGUCUUGGCUGUCAGAUUUGUCUUGGAAACACGUACCACCUGGGCAUGAGACCGGGGCCCGAUUUGAUCGAGAAAGCCAAUGGUUUACAUGGGUUCAUGAACUGGAAGAGGAAUCUCUUAACUGACAGCGGGGGCUUUCAGAUGGUGUCUCUAGUGGAGCUCUCAGAGGUCACGGAGGAAGGCGUGAAGUUCAAGUCCCCCUACGAUGGCAAAGAGAUCCUCUUAAGUCCUGAGAAGUCCAUCAGCAUACAGAACAGUCUGGGGUCGGACAUCAUGAUGCAGCUGGACGACGUAGUCAGCAGUACCGUGUCAGGACCUCGGGUGGAGGAGGCCAUGCAUCGAUCCAUCCGCUGGCUGGACCGCUGCAUUGCAGCCAAUAAAAACUCAGACAAACAGAACCUUUUUGCCAUCAUCCAGGGAGGGCUGAAUGCAGAGCUGCGCAAGGUCUGUCUAGAUGAGAUGACUCAACGCGACGUUCCCGGUUUUGCCAUCGGCGGCCUGAGUGGCGGAGAGGAGAAGAAUGACUUCUGGCGCAUGGUCACCCUGAGCACCGACCACCUGCCACGAGAAAAGCCUCGAUACCUCAUGGGCGUAGGGUACGCUGUGGAUUUGGUGGUGUGUGUUGCUCUGGGGUGCGACAUGUUCGACUGCGUGUUCCCCACCCGAACAGCAAGGUUUGGCUCUGCCUUGGUUCCUUGGGGAUCUCUCCAGGUAAAACAGAAGCAGUAUGCCAAGGACUUCCAGCCCAUAGACCCAGAAUGUCAGUGUCAUACCUGCAAGAAACAUAGUCGGGCUUACCUCCACGCUCUGUUUAAGAGUGACACGGCAGCCAUGCAUCACAUCACCGUGCACAACAUCGCCUACCAGCUCUCCUUGAUGCGCUCUGUGAGACGGAGCAUUGUGGAAGGCUGCUUCCCCGAGUUUAUACGGACGUUCAUGAAGCGACUGUUUCCCUCCCGUGACCUGUACCCCGGCUGGGCUGUGGACGCGCUGGCCUCCGUCAACGUGACAUUGGAAUAGAACCGUCGGAGGGGGGAGGGGGAGGGGGAGGGGAGAUGUCAAACAGUGACUGAAAGAUUUUAUAUCUUUUUAAUGACUUUUUUAUAGGUGAUUGUUUUUUUUUACCCUUUGUUUAUAUUGUUAUAUAAAUUGCCAGUUGUGUUGGCGAUGCUGAAAAUGUCUUUUGAUCUCAAGGGAGAAAGCCUGAUUGUCUUUUUUUUUUCCUUUACUCAGGCGCUGCAAAUUGUCUUCAGUACACAUUAGGAUGAUGUGAGACUAAAUGAGGUUUAAAUGAGGUUUGAAACACAUGAACUAUCUCCUCCUGAUAUGCUCAGACACUUUUGUCUGUUACCAUGGUUACAGAGCUAGGCCCACCCACUUGAAAUGAAAUGUUUUGCCUUUCCGUCAACCUGGUAUUGCGUUUUUUGCCAAAGGCACGAGAUGAAUAAAUGUACUUGUAUUCUGGUGUUGUUAAACCGACAUCCUCACAGACCAGUAGUUGUCAGCUACAGAUACAUGAAUGUAGCUCACUACAGUCGUGUGCUUGUGUCAGGAUCACCACUAGAGGGCCAAACGGACAAAAACACGAGCAAAGGGGCCGUAAAACUGAAUGAAAUGCUAUGUAAUGUAAUGUUCCUAAAAGAGGUCAAAGCUGUUCAGCUGUCUCUUAAGUAAAACAACAUAAGACAAUUAUUCACAA